GCGGAUAAUGGCGGCUAAUAGCGGUGAGUCGCAGGCGAACAGUUUCAGAAACGGAGGUCUGGAGGGACACUCACAAGGAUGGACCGCGACGAGGAGGUCCUGCAGUCUGCAAAUGGCCAGGACGAAGUGAAGAAAAUUGGCCUUCGCGACCGUAUCGCUCAUUUCACCUGGGCGAAUUUCACCUGUACACAAUCAACUGGUGGCAUAGCUAUCCUACUCUCAUUAACGCCGCACCAAUUUCACGGCUUACAGACAGCCGGAGUCGUUGUCUUCGUUCUUAAUCUAGUGAUUUUCUCACUCUUCUGUGUUAUGAUGCUUCUUCGCUUCACGCUACAUCCGUACACGUUCAAGCGCUCGUUUACGAAGACACCGGAACUCUUUUUCUUCGGCUCAUUCUGGCUUUCCAACGCCACCUUCAUAAUAUGUAUGCAACGCUUUGGCGUUCCGCAUGCCGGGGACUGGAUCAUAGUCGCCAUUCGCGUCCUCUUUUGGAUAUACGCGGCCGUCACCCUACUGUACACCACGAUAAAUUGGAUUGUCGUAGCCGCGAAAUCGCCGAUAGACCCUCUCCGCAUCGCCCCUGGCGUCUUCCUCAUGAUCUUCAACGCCAUGCUGACUGGCACCAUUGCUAGCGUCAUUGCGGGAUCCCAACCACCUGCCCAACGACUUCCUAUUCUUGUCGCAGGAAUCGCGUAUCAAGGCCUAGGCUGGAUCGUGAGUUUGAUGUUACUACCUUGGUUCCUCGGCACUAUCCUCCGCAACGGCUUGGGAUACCCUGACCAUCGCCCCGGGUUGUUCAUGCCUGUAGGUUCGGCAGGAUAUACCGUCAUUUCGCUCAUCGGAUGCGCGAGGUAUAUCCCGCGUGGUUAUGGUUUUUUUGCGCGGUUCCCGAUCGCGGCGGAUGUGCUGCAAAUUCUUGCAGUGUGGGUUAGUAUUUUCUUGUGGUUAUUUGCAUUCUGGCUGUUUGCUUUGGCGUUCGUGGCAAAUGCGCCCGUUAUCCUGCCUUCAUGGAAGCGGGGAAGGGUACCGCGGCCGCGUAUGAGGUUCACGUUGUUGUGGUGGGGUAUGGUGUUUCCGAAUGUUGGGCUCACGAUUGCGACGAUUAUGAUUGGCGAGGAGUUGCAGUCGGAUGCGAUUUCGUGGGUUGCGACAGCUAUGACGAUAUUGGUGGUUGGGGCUUGGUUGAUGGAUUUGAGUCUACAUGCCAGCGCGUUGAUUACUGGAAGGAUUAUGUGGCCGGGUAAAGAUGAGGAUGGGUUGAAAUAGUAAUGUAUGUGGGCAUAUGGUACAUCUGUAUCAGGAUGCUCUUAAGUGGCUGCGAAGUUCGGUUGGCCUUCGUCACAUUUAGAGCAGGUGUAUAUAU